AUGGAGACCCCUAGUGGUGGCUGUGGAGCAGCUGACGGGAUCAAGACUGAGGAGGAAGUGAAGGAGGACAAUCAUCAGGAGCAGGCUCCCAAGAAGGCCAAUCUGUCUGGGCUGGCACCAGCAGAACCCAAAGGGAUCCCUCCCCUGCGUGGGGCCUGCAAGGGCCAGUACCGGCCGAAGCAGCUGCCAAGAGCCCACCCUGGGAAGAGACGCCAUGGGAGAGGAGGUGUCAAGAAGCUGCAGGACUUCAUUGUGCAGCAGAUCCUGCAGCAGUGGGAGAGGCUGGGGUGGCGUGCUGGCCUUGCCCGGCACUCGCGCCAUGCCCAGCCACAGGACACAGGUGAGGAGGGACAAGCUUUUCAGUGCCCAGUGUGUGCAAAGAGCUUCGACGAGAGCUCGGCGCUGAUCCGGCAUCAGAGGAUCCACACGGGCGAGCGGCCUCACCCGUGUGGGGAGUGCGGCAAGUGCGUCAUUGAGAGCUCGGACCUGCACAAGCACCAGCGGGUGCACACGGGCAAGAAGCCCUACCCACGUGGGGAGUGCGGCAAGCAGUUCAGUGGCAGCUCCAACCUCAUCCAGCACCUGCGCACCCACACCGGGGAGCGGCCCUACCGCUGCACCGAGUGCGGGAAGAGCUUCUCGCAGAAUGCCACCCUCAUCACCCACCACCGCAUACACACUGGCAAGUGCCCCUACAAGUGCCAUGCCUGUGGGAAGAGCUUCGGUGCCCACUCCACCCUCUUCCAGCACCAGCGCACCCACAUGGGCGAGCGCCCCUACCAGUGCACCCAGUGCGGCUGCUGCUUCAGCCGCAGCUCCUACCUCGUGGUCCACCAGAGACUUCAUGGGGGGUAG